CUGCGAGUUUUCAUAAACGUAACGACCACAUUUUAAAUUUCAAUAAUAAAUUCAAAAUAACAUUCGCCAGAACCGUGGCUUUGUUAUUGCCUAUAACAAAUUAUUUUAAAUUAAAAGUGUUAAAAUAAAACUUCUAUAAAAUGGCUCAAAUGGUGCAAAUGACUACUGAACAAUUACAACAACUGAUCGAAUCGGUACGUGCUUCUGCUGGCGCAGGAACUGUGGUUGCUGCCGCCAAGUCCAAAGGAAGUUUUAGUAAUUGUUCAUCUCGCUUUGGCGGUCAACGUGAUCAUGAAGCUGUCGAAGAAUUUAUUACCUCAAUAGUGACCUACAAAGAAGUGGAAGCGAUUAGUGAUGAAGAUGCCUUAAAGGGGGUGUCGUUGCUGUUCUAUGGUUUGGCCUCAACCUGGUGGCAGGGUGUGCGUAAGGAAGCUAAAACUUGGAAUGAUGUUUUGGCCUUAAUACGUGAUCAUUUCUCACCCACUAAACCUUCUUAUCAAAUUUAUUUGGAAAUCUUUGAUAAGAAACAAGAUGACAAAACCGCUAUCGAUACUUUUGUGUGUCAAAAGAGAGCCCUAUUGGCCCAAUUGCCUGAUGGUAGACAUGAUGAAGAAACCGAAAUUGAUUUGGUGUAUGGUCUACUCAACAUCAAAUACCGUAAACAUAUUGCUCGUCAAGACUUUAAAACAUUCCGUGAAUUGUUGGAAAAGGGUCGUGUUAUCGAACACAAUAUGUUAGAAGCUGAAGGCAGUCAACAAGAUAAAAGGCGUCAUAGACACUAAAAGAAGUACAAGGAGAUUUUAGAGGCUAUAUGAGGAAAGUCACAAAUAGACUACUACCAACUUAAAUUGUCUUAACAAAGUGGCUAAACUUGAUUUCUAUAAGAAUUUGCCCUCAUGGUCUUAGGCACCAGAGAAAAUACGCUGUUUGGUAAAUGACAUCAUUAAAGAGAAACGAUUUACUCUUUUAGUAUUAACUUUAUAUAGGCUGCUCUUAGUUUAAUGUCCCAGGUUUUUCUAUACAAAUUUUUAACGUUUUAUUAUUUUUAUAUAAAUUUUUUAUUUUUUAAUUUAUAUAAAAAUCUUAAAUAUUUUUAAUUUGUAUAGUAUUAACUUGAGCAUUUUGCUUAAGGGUUAUGUCUCCUUAUUAAUAUUUUACGCUAGUUUUAUAAACCGGCUUUACAGGCUAAGAACGCCUGGACCUGAUAAAAUUUCUAAAAAUCUUUUAGAUUUAACAGAAA